AUCACAAAAAUAAUAUUUGCAAAUUUUUGGCCUAAAGAGCUUGAAGAUGAAUUAGUUGAAGAGCCUCACAAAUCAGUUUCAGAUUCAUUGGUUAAAUUAUCUUCAGAUUCAUUGAAUACACUUCAUAUAAGCUGA